AUUUCUUAAAGCACAUUAGCACAAAGCGACGAGAAGGGCAAGCAUUUUGCAGUGUUUGAUAAAGAAUCGAGUGGGGCACUCUGUUGACAGGACGCCAUGAGCGGUGCAGAAGCACAGCACAAUGACUCUGAAGGAGAGACUGAGCACACUUCUUCUGCUUGGCCUGUCAUACAGAUGUUUCCCGUGCGGCACUGCAAGGUUGUCCAUUUCGUCAGACAUGGGGAGGGAUACCAUAACGUAGCAGGCAAGAAGGACUACUCGCAGUACAAGAGAUGGGACCUUGAGGACGCCCACCUGACUGCACAUGGUUGGGAGCAGGCGCAUGCACUGCGGAAGCACUUGGCGCAGCUUCCAGAGCCCCUGAAUGUAGAGGCGGUGAUCAUGUCGCCUCUGUCCCGUGCGCUGCAAACAGCGGUGGGUGCCUUCGGAGGCGAUGCAUGCCAGUCAGGUGAUCCAGGGAAAGUCCUGAUGGUGGCCCAGGACGCAGUGCCUGAGAAGCAGGUGCAGCAUGAAGCUGUCUCAUCUGCUGGCUGCCCUCCUUUCAUCGCAUGGGAGUACUGCAGAGAGCAUCUUGGCCUGCACCCAUGCGAUAGGAGAGGGAAGGUUUCAAUGCUCCAGAAGACCUACCCGGCUGUGGAUUUCUCGCUGAUAGAGACAGAGGAAGAUGAGUUGUGGAAGCCUGACUCCAGGGAGACGCACGCAGAGAUCCGUGCAAGGGGUGCAGCAUUCAUCAAAUGGCUGCUGGCUAGGCCAGAGCGUCGCCUGGCUGUCGUGUCCCACUCUUCCUUCUUGUUCUACCUGAUGCAAAAUUAUGGCCACCAGAUAUCGACAACAGUGCAAGGGGAGCUCAGACGCUGGUAUGAGAAUUGCGAGAUGCGGACAGUGAUAAUCUCAGAUGGGGGCGGCGACUCAGGAGGUCUGGACCCACUCUGGUUCCCAGGCGGACACAAGCUUGACGGUUAUACUGAUAAGUCCUAGACAGCUGUCUAUUGCAGUGGGAAUACAGCAAGGCACGUCCUUUGUGAGCCUUUAAGAAUGACAUUUGUGGAUGCAAACAUGUCAUCAGAAUUGACAUGAAUGGGCAUGUCGGAGCAGAAUGGGCUAGGAAUUCAUUGAGGAAUUCUUACAUCCUUCUACCAUAAAAACGAUUCGCAAAUUGAUCAAAGACAAAUGGCCACAGCCAUUCACAAAGUAUCCAGCCAAUUUCUAAGGGCGUCUGCUGCCUCCCUCCAGCGAGUGUCCUGAAGAGCCAACAAGUUGUCAACAGGGCUCUUUCCCAUGUUGAAGAGGUCAGCAU